AAAAAAAUUAGAAUAUUAGCGACGGGAAGACGUGCUUAGUACUACUACUACUCUCUUUUAGAUUUGCACCUGCCACCAAGGCCCAUGCACUUUGUUCACCAAACCAAAGUUAUUCCAUUCAAAUCAAACUAAAAUUUUCUCAACACUUUACUUUCCUUUUCCCAUUUCAUCAAUCCACCUUGAUUCCCAGAGAUAUCGAUUAUUAUUGAUGAAUAUGAGAAAGCGUUUGUCCUCCUCCUAUCUAGCGCCACCACCUUCUCCCAUCCCCACGGGGAAAGGGUCACGUUCGGCUGCCGAUUCAAUAUUGGGUGAAUACAUUGAUCUAUCCGUAAACGUUCCUCACUUGACACUCCCCCAAACUACACAUCAUUGGGUGCCUGAUGAAAUUCAUUGUCAGUCACUGUUGCAAAGGGAAAAUGAUGCGAUGGUUAGGUUAUUGAGCUCCGCUGCUGAAUUCGGAGUGGUUCGAAUUAUUGGUCAUGGAAUAUCUGGAAAGGAGUUGAGAGCAUUGCUGAUUAAGAAUGAAUGGGUGUUUAGAUUAAGUGAAAACUAUGCUAGUUUUGACAAGUUCCUUUGGGAUUGGUCUGAUAAUGCAAUGGUACAAACUGCCAAGGUUGCCAUAGGGGAUGAAGCGUUUCUAUCUUUCAGGUGAGCCCUACAACAUAGAUUUGGUCUCUUAAUUAUUGGUAAAUUAUAAUUUUGAUCCUUACAAUAUAUAACUAAUUACAUUUAACCUUGUAAUUAUUGAAAGGAGUGGCCUUUUGUCCCGUUGUAUUGAAAAUAUGUGAUAUUUAGGGUAUUUUCAAAAUUAUAUUCCCUAAAUAGGAAUUAACAAUAUAAAAUUAACUAAAUUACGAAUGCAAAGUCAAAUGAGGUAAUAAUAUAUAUUUCUUAUAUUUGGGAAGAUUUACGAGUAGAUAUAUAAAAAAAGCAUAUCUAAUUUCGAUGAUAUAAAUGAUGAUAUUGGUCCAUGGCCAAGACUUGACAUAGGAUUUUAUUCGUCAUGCACCCAAAAACAGAAGGAACAUUAGGAAAGGAAAAUAAAUGAAGCGCUAAGGGUUCAAUGCAUUUGGUUGCAUAAAAUUGGAUUUAUAGAUAUUAACUUAGAUAUUACAUUUGCUUCAAACUUGUCAGAUUGUAGGAGUACCACAAGACGAGGUCUUUCAAAACUUUA